AUGGAUUCUCGAGACGUUGAAGAUGAGGCAGCCCCUUUGCUGACCUCGGAGCUUAUGAGCAACACGCCAGUAUGGCCGAUUAUACAUGAAAUUAAAGCUGAUGUUAUGCAAUUUAUAGACACCCCCUUUUCUUGGGAGACACUUACUUCCACUGAAUCUACUUAUACUAUCGUCGUGCCACUGCAUGAAAAGUAUAAAUCAAAGAACAACCUAUCAGUUACUUUCUGCUUCCUCCUGAACCGGGUCCACUUCCUUCGCGACCAAAACAUAUCGACCGCCCCGCUCUCACAGACGCGAGCCGCACUCUGUGAGAUACUAGCGAUCAGAUCCUUGAGAGAGCAUGCGGACUCAACAUUGCAACUGGCUACCGCCUGUACCACGCCUUGGCCAAUUUUCGCGGGGGCUCCUGAGCAAGUGCGAGAUUUUGCGGAAAAAAAUGCGGACGAAUUCGACAUUCGUGAGCGUGUCGGCAAUGCAAUAGAAAUGGCCAUUAAAGUUAUCGAUGCCAUUUAUUGGGGUCAUAUUGUUUAUCAAGCCAGUUCCGAUCACUCGAUCCUCGCUGAUACCUACAAGCUAAAACCCAUUCACUUCUAUGACCCACAUCGAGCACCCCUCCUCAAUCAUUAUCGGCUUAAAGUUCCGGUGAUUCGUGGUGUCUUGGAAUAUAUCAACUUCGUUCUGCUCUUCGUACUGUUCGUGGUGGCCCUAGAGCUCAAUGAAAAAUCCACAAUUAAUAUGCCUGAAGGCUUGUUCAUGAUAUAUGGGCUUGGAUUCGUGAUCGAAAAACUCGCAGCAAUGCAAGAGCAUGGCAUUCGAGUUUACUCUUCGAAUCUCUGGAACGGUUUCGACAUGGCCUUUGUGACUGUGUACUUUUCGUAUGCCGGUCUUAGAUUGUAUGGGAUUCGCUGGGAUGAAGCUUGGGCUCGUGAACUAGGCAUUGAUAUUCUGGCCGUCGUCGCUGUUAUUGUCUUCCCGAGGUUGGCAUUUGUCACUCUAUCGAAUAACCUUAUGGUUCUUUCGUUGCGAUCGAUGUUUACAGAAUUUGCGGUCUUGAUGUUGGUAGCCGCUUUCUGUUUCGGUGGUUUUCUGUAUGCCCUUUGGACUCUUGGAAGAGAUACGUACGGUUCGGGUCAAAUUGCUUGGUGGAUGCUCGAUCUAUGGUUUGGACUGGACGCUAGUGGAUUCGACAGAGCAUUCCUCGUUUCGAUUCUCUCCCACACUUUUAGCAAUAUUAGCAAUGAUGCUGCAAUGGAAGCAAUGUUUCGGAGAGCCGUAAGCACGAUUGAAGGUGUCAAAGCAGACGCAAUAUUUUCUUACCAGCCCCCCAUGAACUUGAUAGCCUUGAUGGUAAUGCUACCUGCAAGUUUUAUACUCUCACCAAGAUGGUUUCACAAAGUGAACGUUACCAUGAUCAGGAUAACCGGUUUUCCUAUCUUGCUUGCCAUCUCUUUCUAUGAAAGGCAAAAAGCGGCAGCUGAGGCUGAAAGUAUGUUUGAGAAAGUGACUAACGUUGCUGAGCGGUUUGUGACGCUACCUCGGAGAUUGAAACGGAUGACUCUGUUUGAAGGCGCUGUUGGCUCGUCGGGGAAUGUCCAGGCCAUAUUCGAGCUUGAUGACGAAUUUAACCCCAGUCCGAUUAUUGGGGAUAGUCUUACGUGGCCUUGUCAACUCGAAAGUUCCGAGUCAGAGCCGCCCCCUCUCCCAAGUGAGAAGUUUAAGCGCCCUGAGCGACCGAAAUUGGAUACAAUCAUGAGCGCAUCUUCGGCUGGUGAGGGCCAAUCAAUCUCAGAAAGGACCCCUCGUCCAACAGGAAGUAAUCAACUUGGAGGUCCUUACCACGAGAUUGCGCUUGAAAACCAUAAUGGAGCCUUCCAGGCGAAUUCAUCACGAGACCAAAUUCCUAGCAGUAUCUCUACCCAACUCAAUAAUGGGUUCUUGGCUCCCAUACAAAGAAGAAAUCGCCGUAAAUCUACAUUUGAACCCCGUCUCGUGCCUAAUCGUACCGAAGCCGCCUCACUAAGCGUACCUCCCGCAAAUUUCACCAGCCCUUUGGCGCAACUUUUUUCACCCAUCAUUUCCGAACCUCCUGAUGGCGGUUUUAACGCGCCAAAUACCACCAUCGGACAAAGAAGAACGCUUCGCAAAUCUGGGGGAGAUCAACAAACGGCCCCGGGCGUGGCUAUGUUUCGGCGGAGGGCACUGACGGGGAUGGUGGGAGGUGCUGGGACGAGCUCUAGUGCUCUGAGCACAACCCCUGGAGAGGAGAAAGAGCCUUCCGAAGCAGCCGGGAAUUUGGAAGACGAUGAUAACUGGAUUUCCUUACGAGCUAGGAUGACUCAAAUGGAAGACAAACUUCAAAGGAUCGAGAUCAUGUUACAGAAAUUGACGAAUCGAUUAGAAUAA